AUGUUAGGGACACAGGCAGCGGGUAACAACAAUUGGGGGAAAUCGUUCGGUCAGCGUGCAGAGAUGGAUAGCGUACCACUUUUUGAGCGUGAGCACCGCAAUGACAGUCAGUUAGUACAGCGUUUGCAGAACGAGUUAGCCGAUGCCAAGCGUUUUGUAGAGGCACAAGCACGACGCCAGAACGAUCUUGAAUAUGUGAAUGAGGAUCUAGAGCGACGUUUAGAGCAAGAAGCGCUUGAUCGCAUUGCAUUGGAUUCACAGAAAGCCGAAGAUGAAAAACGAUGGCAAGAGGAAAAAGCAGCACUGCAGAAACAACUUGAAUCAUGGGAAGCUCGUUUUGAAGAAGAAACACGACGUCGUGCUAUGGCUGAAGAACGUCUUCGUCGAGCUGAGAAGGAACUCUAUCGGAUGCAUCAAAAGAAAUAUGAUAUUGAGAAACAAGUUCGUCGUGAAGAGAAUGAGAAGCGCAAGCAUGAGGCGGUGAUUGUGCGCACUCUCCAGUCGGACUCACAACGUGCGCAACAGAGCGCUGCCAAUGGGGUUUUGGACCCAACAGUAAACCCAAAAGAUACCAAGCCGGCAGCAGUCCGCACAAGACAGGCACUGUCUUCUGCUAUGGAUUUCCUGGGCGUCUGA